UGGCGUAGGAAUAUCCACGUUCCAGUUCCCUUAAAAAUAACAAUAAAUUUUUAGCAAGUGAGCUAGGGAUCAGAGAAGCUUGAGUUGAGACCAAGAAAAAUGUCAAGAGAGCUAUUGUUUCUCCAUGGCCACCAUUAUCAAAUAUCAAGAAAACCAGCUCUGCUUCUCUGUACUCGCAAUUUCAAUGUCUUACCCUCCAAAUUCCAAUCCCAGCUACCAAAGGAGCAUCCAGCUAGGUCGAUGAAGAGGGCAUCAUUGGAACUUUUGAGACCAAAUACAACCAGUAAUGGAAAAUCAUCAUCACUAACAAUAGCAGCAAUAGCUGGUAGAGAAGGAGGAGGACGAGUGCCUUCGCCACCACUAGAUUUAACAGAAGACAAUGUUAGACAGGUCUUAGCUGAUGCUAGAGAAGAGUUUGGACAGCUUUUUGACACUGAAGUUGGCAUAACAGGAGAAGCUGAUCUUGCUGAAUUGGAUGGACCAUUUGUGAAGAUCAGUCUCAAAGGUAGGUUUUGGCACAAACGUUCCACAGUUCUUGCAAGACUUGCCAAUUAUUUGAAGCAAAGAAUCCCUGAAAUUUUGGAGGUAGAUAUAGAAAAUGAGAAACAAUUAGACGAUAGCCCUGAAAAUUUUUGAGCCAAUCGGUUUCUUCACCAGACAUUACUAGUGUUCUUUGAGUUCUUCAAUUGUAUUUGACACUUCAUUGAUGAGAAUGUAAGAAAAGCCAAGGUCAACCUCAGGAAUGUUGUGUAAAAUCAUUUUUUCUUGAACAAAGUCUUUCUUAUCAUACUUCUAUAUGUAUAUGUAACAUAUUAGCAAAUCUGAGACUUCCAAUGCAAAUAUCAUUUAAUAA